GGGGCGAAGCGCUGUGAUGGGAGGGGGAGGCAGGGCCAAGAUGGCGGCGCCCUGUGGGCCGGAGGAGCCCGGAGUGGUAAACAGCUGAGGGGAGGAGAGGGAGAGUGAUCAUGAAAGGUGUGUGGCUGACAGCAUUGCAGACAGAAGCUCAGCUCAUCCACAGAACAGUCUGGUAGAAGGACACCAAUGAAGAACUUCCUGAAGUUUUAACCUCCACAUUCAUGUCAGUACGUGCAUCAUGGCACAGCAAGGAAAUGUUGGUGAGCUCCUCUCAAUGCUGGAUUCUCCAAUUCUGGGUGUCCUGGAAGAUAUAACAACUGCAUUCAAAGAUAAUCUCAUUUGUGACCGUGGGCCUAUGCUUGUCAACAACCUGGUGGACUAUUACUUGGAAACCAACUCUCAGCAGGCACUGCAUAUUCUGUCCACCCUGCAAGAGCCUCAUGACAAGCAUCUACUGGACAAAAUUAAUGAUUAUAUGGGCAAAGCUGCUACUCGUUUACCCACCCUCUCUCUGCUGGGACAUGUGAUAAGACGACAACCAUCUUGGAAACACAAACUUUCUCAAGCACCUCUCCUGCUUUCAUUACUUAAAUGUCUCAAGACUGACACAGAUGUAGUAGUACUCACCACAGGUGUCCUAGUGCUAAUAACCAUGUUGCCAAUGAUUCCUCAGUCUGGCAAACAGUACCUUCAUGAUUUCUUUGGUAUCUUUGGGCGUCUCUCAGCCUGGUGCUUGCAGAAUCCAGGUCAUGUGGCAGAGAUUUAUCUUGUCCAUCUUCAUGCCAGCGUUUAUUCUCUCUUUCAUCGUCUGUAUGGAAUGUAUCCUUGCAAUUUUGUCUCCUUUCUGCGCUCUCACUACAGUAUGAAGGAAAACCUGGAGACCUUUGAAGAAGUAGUCAAGCCAAUGAUGGAACAUGUGCGAAUUCAUCCGGAGUUAGUGACUGGAUCCAAGGACCAUGAACUGGACCCACGAAGGUGGAAAAGACUAGAAACUCAUGAUGUUGUGAUAGAAUGUGCCAAAAUCUCCCUGGACCCUGCAGAAGCCUCGUAUGAAGAUGGUUAUUACUCUGUGUCUCGGAAACUCUGCACAAGCUUAAAACAUCAUCAAACUGACCCCAGUGCCAGCUCUUACAUUGACACACAGAGCAGCUAUGGGACUUCUACCCCAUAUUCCACUCCUCGGUUAACACUAUCACAAAUGCCAGGGCAGCUACCUCAGAUUCUGAGCCCACAGUCCACGAGGCUGUCAACUGAGCCACAGCAGGUCACCAUCUGGAGCCCUUCUGCAGUGUGUGGUAUGACCACGCCGCCGACGUCCCCCGGCGUUGUCCCAUCAGAGUCAUCCCAGUCUGCAUCACAGCCCUACAGCAAAGCUUUUGGCACAUCUGCAGGGGGGAAAGGAACACCUUUGGGAACACCAGCCACAUCUCCUCCUCCACCCUGCACUUCAGAUGACUUUGUGCAUGUUUCACUCCCUUCAGCUGCUGCCACACCUCCUAAAAAGGAGGACAAACCAGAUUCUGGGAGGCCUUUACUGUACCGACAGCAAAAUGUCACAAACAGCGAUAAAUCAUUGGACAUACCCAGUAGUAAAAGUUCAGUAACCUUAAGUGAUCUUGCAGAGUUUUUAGGUGGGUUGUCGUUUGAAGAUAGCGCUGAGAAGGACAGAGAGGAAGAUGCAAUAUCUAAAGAGAUCUCGGAGAUCACGACCGAUGCUGAACACAUGGUGCCUAGAGGAGGAUUUGACUCCCCGUUUUACCGCACAAACGAAAGUCUGUCCGGCUCUCAGAAGAAGACCCACUCAGCAGCCUCCAGUGUUCAGGGACACAGUCAGACCUCUGAGCCUUUAACAUCUCUGGACAAGCCUGGGCCUGAGGGUGCACGGGAAACACCCAAACAAACGUUUACUCCCAUAGACAAGCCCUGUGGAGGCCCUGGGGAAAGCCCUGCUGGGAACAGGGAAGGAACCUCUGGGGAGCCGAGUAUUCUCACUCCCAGCCCUUGUAAAGUACCAGCACAGAGGAGAGUGGUGUUUGGGAGUGGGCAGCCUCCCCUCUAUGAGCACCUCUUCGAGGUUGCAUUACCAAAGACUGCCUACCUCUUUGUUGGCAAGAAGACUGAGGAGCUGCUAAAGAAAGCCAAGGGAACCCAGGAUGAAGACUGUAUGUCCUCGACUUCUCCUGUGGAAGUGCUGGACAGGCUGAUUCAGCAAGGAGCAGAUGCACACACUAAGGAGCUGAACAAGUUGUCUCUGCCAAGCAAAUCUGCUGACUGGACUCACUUUGGAGGUUCUCCCCCCUCAGAUGAGAUUCACACCCUGAGGAACCAACUGCUUCUGCUGCACAACCAGCUGCUGUACGAGCGCUUCAAGAGGCAGCAGCACGCGCUGCGCAACCGCCGCCUCCUGCGCAAAGUCAUCAAAGCCACGGCUCUGGAGGAGCACAACGCUGCCAUGAAAGAUCAGCUGAAACUGCAGGAAAAGGAGAUCCAGGCCUUGAAACUGAGUCUGCAGAAAGAACAAGCAAGGUACCACCAGUUUCAGGAGGAACAUGAUAAUAUUGUGGCUCAGCUUCACAGCCAGAUCCGACAGCUGCAGCACGACCGGGAGGAAUUCUACAACCAGAGCCAGGAAUUGCAGACCAAGCUGGAAGACUGCAGGAACAUGAUAGCAGAUCUGAGGUUAGAGUUAAAGAAGGCAAACAACAAGGUGUGUCACACUGAAUUGCUGCUUAGCCAAGUUUCUCAAAAGCUUUCCAACAGUGAAUCGGUGCAACAGCAGAUGGAGUUCUUGAACAGGCAGCUGCUGGUCCUGGGGGAGGUCAAUGAGCUGUACCUGGAGCAGCUGCAGCACAAGCACACAGACACUACAAAGGAGGUUGAAAUGUUGCACGCUGCUUUUCGGAAAGAACUGGAGAAAGCAAAGUCGUGUGUUCAGCAGCAAAGCCAAAGGCUGGAUGCUUCCCAGAAAAGGAUAGCUGAACUGGAAUCUCAGCUUGCAAAAAAGGACCACCUCUUCCUGGAGCAAAAGAAAUACCUGGAAGAUGUUAAAAUCCAAGCAAGGGGUCAGCUGCAGGCAGUAGAAAGCAGGUACAAGGCCCAGAAAAGAAUCACCCAGGCAUUUGAGCUGGAGAUCUUGGAUCUGUUUGGGCGGCUGGAGAAGAGCAGCCUACUGAAAAAACUUGAAGAUGAUAAAACAGAAGCAGCUGAAGCAGCAGAAGAAAGCAGGCUGGAUUGUGGUAAUGAAGAUACAGCAGGACACAGUGAAGAAACAAUGGGUAGAAAUGGAGAGACCAAACCUCCCAGCACCCGAGGCAGCAGUAGCAGUAAGGGGGGCAGCAGCAGCAGCGAGCUCUCCACCCCAGAAAAACCCCAGAACCAGAGGCUGAGCAGUCGCUGGGACACAUCCGUGUUGCUGGAGCCCUCAACCGCUGUCCCACUGACUGUAGGCUCACUCCCCAGCUCCAAGAGCUUCCUUGGAAUGAAGGCACGAGAAUUAUUUCGCAACAAGAGUGAGAGCCAGUGUGAUGAGGAGGGGGUCACCAUCAACAGGCUGUCUGAUGCCCUAAAGACUGAACUAUAUAAAGAUCCAAGCAUGGAGUCAAAGGCCCCUCCAAGCCCCGAUAACCUCUCGCCUAAGCUCCAGGAAAGCAGUGUUGGACAGCUUCAUAUCAUGGACUACAAUGAAACUCAUCAUGACCACAGUUAAAGAGGAAGAUAGUCAAUCAGUGUUAUUUUCAUAUUCUUGGCAUAGAACAGGAGGCGUGAGUGCAAGUUUAACUAAAAGCUUUUAUGUUUUUUUGGUCUGAGCAGUGGCUCAUGCAGCGGAGCAGGAUCGAUGGCCAGGAACGGAAGGAGGCUGCUGAACGAAUGCAAAGUGGAUUUUUGGGUCUGGAAUUGAAAAUGCCCAGCCUAACUCUUGCUUCUUUCUCAAAUUCAAUCCUUAGCAGCGUGUACUAAUUUGAAGGGACAACUGUUAGCAUUUGCAAGUAUUUUUUUCCCUUUCUCCCUGUCCCCAGUUGAGUGGAUGUGUUUAUGAACUUGAGUGCAAUAUGAGGCCAAAUUAACAUUUGUGAGUUUACUCUGAAUGCUUUGUAUUUCUUUGCAAGCUUCCCAUUUAGAGCAGUUGGUUGUGCUGCCUGUCCAGGUGACUUUGGUUCCUUUCAUCCUGGAAAGAAGCAGCACUAGGAUUUCCAGUGCAUUUUCUAUUUUUGCCUGUCCACUGUCCCCCAUCCCUCAGAGCCCAGCCUUCAUUAAGUUGGAGUCUGAUUGAAUACCCAAACGUUUAAAGAACAUUGUACCUCUGCAAAAUGAUUCAUUCACCCUAAUUCAUGAUCAUUGUUUAUACUGUCCUUAACAUUUCCUGGGAAGCUACAUUUGAACAGACAAAAAGGAACUGGAGCUUGUAAUGCAGAAGAGACCAUAAAUGCUGAAGACUUGUUAAAACACCAGCUUCAGAUCUUCUGGGUGUUUGCCUGACAGACUGUGAUUGACCUCACACUGGCUCAUAUGGGAACUCAGUUGGGGUGGGAGAAGAGGGAAGAGGAAGCUUUACUCAAGUAGGGAGAGGAUGCAGAACAUGGAGGUAGAAUUCCAAGCUUAUGAAGAUCUGCAGAGGAGAAUUUGCUUCUCUAAUCAGGGAAAUGUGCUGCCUCACCCUUCUUCAUAGUUCUGCUCUUUGUUCCUGGUCUGAGCACGACCACAUGUUUUGUGUCCAAGAAAUUGGCUUCAUUCUUCCUGGGAAUACCUUUUCAGGCUUGACUUGGAGAAAAUGGUUUCCUUUCAGUGCUCUCCUACUCAGAUUGCAGCACAUUUUUGAGUUCAGCAGUGUCAAUUUGGCUCUAAGUCUCUCCCCUUCACCCUCAUCCUCCUUCCUUAGAUGACAAGGCUGAGGAGAAAUCCUGCUCACACUGAAAUCAGAAUCCUGGCGUGAAGCCUUUUGGUGUUAAUCAUGUUUUAAGUCAAUUAUGAGCCUUCUGUGAAGGAGGAUUGUGGGAUCAGGGCUUGUCAGUGGUCAGACUCAAUCUCCUUCGUGACAGAGCAGGGCCUGCUGUUAGGAAGGCAGUGCUUGUUUUAAAUGUCCCAGUGGCUGGGUCCAGGUGUACUCAGACGGUUCAGGCUUCACAGUUCCCCUGCAUCACACGUGGCCUCUUCUCCUAAACAUCCUGUGGGUGGCAGCUGCUGUUUAAGAACCACCUCACAUAGAAAUCAAGUCCAAGCACACUUGCAUUUGUAGUUCAAAUCCCUUCUUAGCCCAGGUGGGAACGAGGCUGUCAGAGCAGCUGGUGCUCAGCUCAUUCCUGCCAGGACUCGUCCUCCCAUUCCCGCCUCCUCCGUAACUCCAAGGUCUCAAUACAUUUCUGCCUGUCUUAAAUUAUUCUCCGUGUCCUUUCAGUUGGUCAGUCCGAACUCUGAGAGUAGAGGUGAACUUCAGUGGUUGUGUCAAAGCUGACUCUGCAUGGAGUAGAGAGUAGAGAGUUGGUUGUAAGUGACAGCCUGGUUUUGUCGGCGUCUUUAGGCUUUCUCAGACGUAGUGGUAGCAAACGUGGUAGCGCGUGUUUCGGUGAGAUUUGGAGGUUUCCUGCCUCUUUCCCUCUGGAUCCCAGGCCUGGGAGGUUUGCACACAAAAGGCCUGAUGGGCCAGCUCAGCUGGAAUGUUGGAGUUCAUUCCACCCUGCUCUGCCCAGCCCAGAUCUGGCGUUCCCAGGGGAGGCAGGUUUUGUGUCAGUCUCAAAAAUGCCCUGGCAGCAACGAAAGCUCUUUGAUAAGGUGGCUUUUUUUCUUCUUUUAAACAGGAUUUUAGCACCAGGAUAGUAAUGGAAACCACUUUAGGUUUGUUUAUGGACCACAAAGAUUAUGGAGGAACAAAUUUUGCAAUUUUCUUUCCUAAGUCUAAAAAUCAUGGAUCUGCUGUAUGUAGUUAACUUGCAGUUUUUUUGAAGGGGUCCCAUCAGUGAAGUGGAAACAGAUUUUUUUAACUGACUGCUUUUAGUUAAAUCUAAAAUUGCUGUCUUUGUCAAGUUAAUCUGUUCCCUGCCUCGCUCUUUGUAAGCAUGUUAAACAAUCCACAUUAAAUGCCAUAAAUAUGAAAUACGGGGAAAUGGUACAAUCGUAAGCUAAAGAGAACUUAAACCAAAAGGAGGUUUUGCUGUCCUUAUUAGAAUGUUCUAAAAUGUCAAGGCAGUUGCUUGUGUUUAACUGUGAACAAAUAAAAUGUAUUGUUUUGCACUA